GUGAGAGGGAGAGAGAAAGAGAGAGGUUCCUGUCGUAAGUCGGUAUCGUCGCUGCAGCCUCUGCCCUCUUUUUAUGAGAAAAGCACCGCAGCUCCCGUCGCUCCACCGAGGGUGUUGAAGAUGGCAGUGUGGAUCCAGGCCCAGCAGCUCCAGGGAGAUGCCCUGCACCAGAUGCAGUCUCUCUAUGGUCAGCACUUCCCCAUCGAAGUGCGGCAUUAUCUGUCCCAGUGGAUAGAGGGCCAGCUCUGGGAUGUCAUAGACCUGGAGAACCCGCAGGAGGAGUUAAAGGCCAAGCGCCUGCUGGACAGUCUGAUACAGGAGCUGCAGAACAAGGCUGAGCACCAGGUGGGAGAAGACGGCUUCCUCCUCAAAAUCAAACUGGGACACUACGCCAACCAGCUCAAGAGCACGUAUGACCGCUGUCCUCUGGAGUUGGUCCGAUGCAUCAAACACAUCCUCUACACGGAGCAGAGGCUCGUCAGAGAGGCCACAAACUCGAGCUCUCCUGUGGGCGGGAUGAUGGACAGCAUGUCUCAGAAAUACCAGCAGAUAAACCAGGCCUUUGAGGAGCUGCGCCUGAUGACCCAGGACACUGAGAAUGAUCUGCGCAAGCUCCAGCACAACCAAGAGUAUUUCAUCAUCCAGUACCAGGAGAGCCUCCGCAUCCAGGCUCAGCUGACCAGCCUGACCACACUGCCCCCUGCUGACAGACAGCUACGGGAGCCCGCCCUCAUGAGCAAGAGAGCCACAGUGGAGGCAUGGCUGACCAGGGAAGCCAACACACUACAGAAAUACAGACUGGACCUUGCAGAGAAGCACCAGAAAACGCUGCAGCUGUUGAGGAAGCAGCAGACCAUCAUUCUGGAUGACGAGCUAAUCCAGUGGAAGAGACGGCAACAGCUGGCAGGCAACGGGGGCCCGCCGGAGGGAGGCCUGGACAUCCUGCAGUCCUGGUGUGAGAAGCUGGCAGAAACUAUCUGGCAGAACAGGCAGCAGAUCCGGAGAGCGGAGCACCUUAGACAACAGCUGCCCAUUCCUGGCCCCAUCGAAGAGCUGCUCAACGAACUCAACAGCACUAUCACAGAUAUUAUUUCAGCAUUGGUCACCAGCACCUUUAUUAUUGAGAAACAGCCUCCACAGGUGUUAAAAACCCAAACCAAGUUCGCGGCCACGGUACGACUCUUGGUGGGGGGGAAGUUGAACGUGCACAUGAACCCUCCCCAGGUCAAAGCCACCAUCAUCAGCGAACAGCAAGCCAAGGCCCUGCUGAAGAACGAGAACACAAGGAAUGACAGCAGCGGGGAGAUUCUCAACAAUAACUGUGUGAUGGAGUACCAUCAGACCACAGGCACUCUCAGCGCUCACUUCAGGAACAUGUCUUUGAAGAGGAUCAAGCGAUCGGACAGGCGAGGGGCGGAAUCUGUCACAGAGGAGAAAUUCACCAUCCUGUUCGAGUCCCAGUUUAGUGUUGGAGGCAAUGAGCUUGUUUUUCAAGUGAAGACGUUAUCACUGCCUGUGGUGGUGAUAGUUCAUGGUAGUCAAGACAAUAACGCCACAGCAACAGUGCUGUGGGACAAUGCUUUUGCGGAGCCGGGACGGGUGCCUUUCCUCGUGCCAGACAAGGUGCUCUGGCCGCAGCUGUGUGACGCCGUCAACAUGAAGUACAAGGCCGAGGUGCAGAGCAACCGAGGCCUGUCCGAGGAGAACCUGGUGUUCCUGGCUCAGAAGGCCUUCAGCAGCUCGAGCAACAACUCCGACGACUACCGCAGCAUAACAAUGACCUGGUCACAGUUUAACAGGGAAAGCUUGCCAGGGAGGAACUUCACAUUUUGGCAGUGGUUUGAUGGUGUGAUGGAGCUCACAAAAAAGCAUCUUAAACCACACUGGAAUGACGGGGCCAUCUUGGGCUUCGUGAACAAGCAGCAGGCUCAGGACAUGCUGAUGUCCAAACCCAACGGUACUUUCCUUCUGCGCUUUAGUGACUCUGAGAUCGGAGGAAUUACAAUAGCCUGGGUGGCGGAAAAUCCUAAUAAAGCAGGUGAGAGAAUGGUCUGGAACCUCAUGCCCUACACAACCAAAGACUUCUCCAUUCGCUCUCUGGCCGACCGCAUCAGCGAUCUCAACCACCUCCUGUUCCUCUACCCCGACAGGGCCAAGGAUGAGGUGUUCUCCAAGUAUUACACCCCGCCCCUCUCUAAAGCUGUGGACGGCUACGUGAAGCCGCAGAUCAAACAAGUGGUGCCCGAGUUUGCAACAGCCAAUCCAGACCCAACAGGUGGGAACCAAACCUACAUGGAUCACGGCGCAUCGCCGGCACCUGUCAGUCACCCUCACACCUACGGCAUAUACCCACCUAUGAGCGACUCGAUGCUGGACGCGGACGGGGACUUCGACCUGGACGACACCAUGGACGUGGCGAGGCACGUGGAGGAGCUCCUCCGGCGGCCGGUGGAGAGCCACAUGAGAGCAUGCACGUCAGUGACUUCUCUUAGUUUUUGUUUGUCUGAUAUGCAGCAGGGAGGUCUACGCCCCUCCCUCGCUCUCACAGGGCUAUCUCUCUUCUGUCUGUACACAGAGAUGCUUAAUGAAGCAUUUCCCCGCCGCUGCCUGCUCGUCCUCUCAGGUCCCUCCGUCCCCCUCAUCAAUGCUACCUCGCAUCAUUCUACUGACCGUCAUUGUUACUUUCCUGUUCUUUUUUUCUGCAACCACAUCCACACCAGCUCAUGUCUGGUCGGCGUGUUUGACCACCAGGAGGCAGGGCUGCUCCCGUCUGACUUCUCCAGCUCUCUGUCGUUGUGUCAUGGCGACAUACACAAGCCUGUGGAGUUGAGUCAGUCCGCCCUCUGCCUCUGGCUUUUGGGCUUGUUGAGAUUUCAAGAUUGGUGUUUCAUCGUGCGUCACCUGUUUGCUCUAGUAAAAAAUGCUGACUUUACCACCCCCCCACCCCACAAACACACACACACUGCCUCCACUUACGCGGGGCGAUGCGCGCAGCGGACAGUCCACGGAGGAGGACGCGGUGAGACGAACACAUCCGAGGACACGGAGGCGACCGCUCGACCCGUGAGCAGCGAACCUUCAUCUCAACUCCGCGUUUCCACAGUUUGGUCUCUGCGCUCCGAGCUCACGCCUCCAGAGAAGCUCGGAGGAGGAGGUGGGACUCCUCAAUGUGACCGACCGCUGUCCGGCUCCACACGCGACCAGUCCGUGCGCUCCUCCGGUGGCGAUGGACAGACUGUGGUGAAUCCGGCGAAUCCCUCGAGUCCGCCGAACCGCGCCGUGUCCAAAUGGGCUGUUUUUACCCCUCAGCGGGGAGGGCUUUGCUGUAACACCGGGGGAAACAUGGCAGGGGUACACACUUCAGAUGCCGUGUCGGGACAUUUUUUGGACCAUGCCCCGUCGGCACAGGGCGCGACCAACGCGCCGGGGUUCACCGGCGACGCGGCCGCGCUUCCCGCCGCCGGUACCCGCGCGUACUUGGAGGUGUCCGGCGCUGCCCAGGGCUGCGGGGCCGAGGGAGUUUACACCAACGGCCGGUACCGGGAGCUCGGCAGUCCGCGGGUCGGGAGCGGCAGCCGCGAUCACUCCGCCGACAGGAGUCAGGGCGCCGGGAACGCACCUUGCGGCAUCAUGAAGGAUUGUUCCAAACAGAGGCAGGUGAGGAAGAAGACGGUGUCCUUUAGUUCAAUGCCAAAUGACCGCAAGAUCAACAGCACAGCUGCUUGCAUGGCCUUCAUGUUGGAGGGUUGUGAGAUGAAGAAGGUGCGCUCCAACUCACGCAUGUACAACCGAUACUUCCUGCUGGACCCAGACAUGCACUGGCUCCGCUGGGAGCCAUCUAAGAAGGACUCAGAGAAAGCCAAACUGGAGAUCAAGAGCAUUAAGGAGGUCCGUUUGGGGAAGAAAACUCCUGUUCUGCGCAGCAAUGGUCUCUCAGAUCAGUUCCCUGAUGAAUGCGCCUUCUCAAUCAUCUACGGGGAUAACUAUGAGUCGUUAGAUUUGGUAGCCAGUACGGCAGACGUUGUCAGCACCUGGGUUAUGGGCCUGAGGUAUCUUGUGUCUUAUGGCCGGCACACUGUGGACAUGAUGGAGCCCAGCCAACCAAGUCUGAGAACCUCGUGGAUUGGCUCAGUAUUUGAGCUAGCAGAUAUGGAAAAGGAUGGACACAUAGACAUGUUUAGGGCCACCCAGAUAAUCAAGGGACUCAACCCUGGAAUGAAAGAGUCCAGGAUAGAGCUGAAAUUCAAGGAACUCCAGAAAGCGAAAGACCAAUAUGGAGAGGCAAUAAAUAUGGACACCUUUGUGGAGGCGUACUGUGAGCUCUGCACACGGCCAGAGAUUUUCUUCUUACUGGUGCAGUUCUCAAGUAACAAGGAGUAUCUGGACAGUAAAGACCUGAUGCUAUUUGUUGAGGUGGAGCAGGGUGUAGAAGGUGUAACGGAGGACAUGUGCAGGGAUAUUGUUCAUAAAUUUGAGCCAUCCGCUGAAGGCAGGGAAAGGAGCUACCUCUCCAUUGAUGGCUUUACACACUACCUCCUUUCCUCCGAAUGCCACAUCUUUGACCCCCUGCACAAACGUGUGUGCCAGGAUAUGACCCAACCUCUGUCCCAUUACUACAUCAACUCCUCGCAUAAUGCCUCCCUUUUGGAAGACCAUUUCUGGGGUUCUUCAGACAUCAGCAGCUACAUUCGAGCUCUAAGGAUGGGCUGUCGCAGCAUUGAGGUCAUUGUAUGGGAUGGCCCUGAUAACGAACCCGUGGUGUAUGUAGGUAGUUCGGUUGCCUCACAGCUAGCUUUCUCUAAAGUUCUGGACAUUAUAAACCAAUACGCUUUUGAGAGCUCUGAGUAUGCCCUGAUUCUCUGCCUGGUGGCCCACUGCUGCGUCCCCCAGCAGAAGGUCAUGGCACAGCAUGUGAAGAAGAUUAUUGGUGAUAAGCUGUAUGUUGAACCCCCAAACAAGGAGGAAAACUACCUCCCCUCCCCUGAGAACCUCAAAGGUAAAAUUCUACUGAAGGGUAAGAGGCUACCACCCAGCAGCACUGAAACUGAAGGGGAUGUGACAGAUGAGGAGGAGGGUCUUGAAAUGUCCCGGAGACUUGGGUCUGAUGAGAGGGACCAAAUAAAUGGCUCGGGCUUCAAGAGACUCAGACUCUGCAGGGAGCUGUCUGAUCUUGUAUCUCUCUGCAAGUCUGUCCAGUUCAGGGACUUUGAGAUCUCAAAGAGGGACCAAAAAUACUGGGAGAUUUGCUCCUUCAAUGAGGUAGAUGCAAACAGGUUUGCCAAUGAGUUCCCAGAGGAAUUUGUCUGUUAUAACAAGCGCUUUCUCUCCAGGGUGUAUCCCACACCAAUGAGAAUUGAUGCCAGCAACAUGAACCCCCAGGAUUUCUGGAAGUGUGGCUGCCAGAUUGUGGCCAUGAACUACCAAACUCCAGGCUUAAUGAUGGACCUCAACCUUGGUUGGUUUCGGCAAAAUGGCAACUGUGGGUAUGUUUUGCGGCCAGCGAUCAUGAGAGAGGAGGUGUCUUACUUCAGUGCCAAUGCCCGAGACUCCCUGCCUGGAGUGUCUGCCCAGCUUCUUCACAUUAAGGUCAUCAGUGGGCAGAAUCUGCCCAAGCCUCGUGGCUCUGCUGCAAAGGGUGAUGUGGUGGAACCCUACAUAUAUGUGGAGAUCCAUGGCAUCCCAGCUGACUGUGCUGAGCAAAGAACCAAGACUGUGUCCCAGAAUGGCGAUAAUCCUAUUUUUGAUGAGAGCUUUGAAUUCCAGAUCAAUUUACCAGAACUUGCAGUGCUGCGCUUUGUGGUGCUUGAUGAUGACUACAUUGGAGACGAGUUCAUUGGCCAGUACACCAUCCCAUUUGAGUGCCUACAGCCAGGCUACAGACAUGUCCCUCUACAGUCUCUUACGGGAGAGUUCCUACCUAACACCACCCUGUUUGUCCAUGUAGCUAUCACCAACAGGAGAGGUGGAGGAAAGGCACAUAAGAGGGGUCUGUCUGUCAGGAAAGGUAGAAAGGCGCGGGAGUACACCACCAGCAAGACCACAGGGAUCAAAGUAGUAGAUGAGCUCUUCAGGGCAUCCACCCAGCCCCUCAGGGAGGCCACAGACCUUAGAGAGAAUGUGCAGAAUGCCACGGUGUCCUUCAAGGAGCUGUGUGGCCUGACCCCCGCGGCCAACAUGAAGCAGUGCAUCCUCACAGUGUCGAGCUGGCUGACGAACAGUGAGCGGUCACUGAGGGUAACGGUGGACCUGAGCGAGACCUACCCGACCAUGGAGGCUCAGGGUCCUGUACCUGAGCUACUGCGCAAAGUGUUCAACGCCUAUGACAUGAUGAUCCAAACCAGCAGAACACUGAUCGAGUCGGCUGACGUGGUCCACUCCAAGCUCACACAAGCACAACGGGCAGGUCUGGAUUUCCAUGAGGACCUGCAUCGCAUCGGAGCAAAGGAGGGUCUGAAAGGCCGCAAACUCCAGAAAGCCAUGGAGAGCUACGCGUGGAACAUCACUGUGCUCAAGGGCCAGGCCGACCUGCUGAAACACGCUAAGAGUGAGGCCCUGGACAACCUGCGUCAGAUCCACUGUGCAGCUCAGUCCUGCGGCCUCAGUAAAAACGGAGCCUCCUCCCCCCAGGACCAGCUUCAUCCACACCACCACCCGCUUCAGCAGGUCCAGAUACAGCAGCAGCCUCAGGCCAAGCCCCACCCACAGCCUCCGCCACUGCCCCAGCCCCAAACCCAGCCCAGGUUGCACCUCCGCCUAACCUCACCCCCUUCCCCAGCCACAGCCCCAGCCACCAGCCCUCCCUUUGGUUCAAACUAUUUCAAACCGCCGGCCUACACUCAACCCCCGCCCAUAACUCAGCAUCCGUUUCAGUUCCAGUGCCAGCAGCAGAAGGUGGCAGGACCUCUGGAAGCCUCCCCCGAGAUAGAGACGGUCGGCGGCGAUCCAGUGGGUUCCUGCUGACCCGCAGCCUGUGCACACAGAGAAUCUUUCCCAAAGAGAGACAGAGAGGGGUGAGAAAGAGGCAGAGCUGAGAAGGGUGUAGAAGGAAAGCAGGAGGCCGGUAACGACAGGGAGAUGAGAAAGUCAUGGAAAGGGUGAAAGAGAUGAUGAUGAUGACGAGGAAGACUCGUCGUGUUAGGAGCGAGACACAAGUCUGAGAGGAGGGAGGAAGAAGAGACCUGACACUGGAAAGGUGAUUUCAUAAAGGUUUAUUUUUCAUUUCCAUCGGAGCCAGAUGCUUUUGGUCUCUUCUGCUUUCCUCUCUUGUCAAAAGGUUUGUGUUCCGACUUUGGAAUGCGUUUGAUAGAUGGAUCAGUAGGUUUGGAUAUCCUUGUCUCUCUCUGGGCAGUGCUAGUUACAUGCCCCUCCACUAUGUACUCUAGCUCUGUGGGUACAGGCUUUACCUCACAUUGGCGUUUUAAUGCCACAAAUUGCCUUUUUUAAUUUCUGGAGACUCCUCGGCUUGUCCUUCUGCUUUUUGGUUCUUCAUGCUCAUCCUCCUCCCUCCUACACACAAAGCUUCAAGCCAUCCUUCACUCCCGUCAAUGAAGAGGAUGCUGUUUUUGAUUUAAGUGCACAAAGUAGAGCAGCUUGUCCAGGCCCAGCUCUGUAGGAAUCACAGAUGACCGUUUCAGCACAA